AUGAGCUCUCCUGUUUCUCUCGUAUCUUCUAUGAAGCCAAUGGCUAUAUCUUCUAUCACUUCCUCUCUGCCUCUCCAACCACUACAUCCUCAACACCAACACCAGCACCAGCAGUCUCUGUCACUGUCUCUGUCACUACCAAUGUCGCUGCCAAUGUCACCCUCUCUUGUCACACCUUACUCUCAAGACAGCCGUUUCUUCAACUACUCAACAUGUGGGCCUCAAUAUCGAUCCCUACGCUCUCCACCCUCUACCCCAGGAGAAGAUUCCUUUAGCUCACCUCCAUCCUCUCCAAACUCAUACGCAUCCUCUGAAUCCUUAUCUCCCCAAACCCAGAGCUAUGACAACCAUAAUCAUCACCAUAAUCACCAUGGUAAUAAUAGCCUUCAACGUAGCCAUAGCCAUCAAAACUAUCAUCAGCGACAAACCCUGAUCUAUAGCCAACAAGCUGAAAGCCAGCUGCAGCAUAAUGACGGUGGCUCAAUUGUGAUGGUAGCCCCACCACUUACUCUUGAAGAAAGACGACAGCGUAACAAGGCGGCCUCUGCAAAGUACCGUCAAAAGAAGAACCAGCAGCAGAACGAUAUGCGCCAGAUGAUUGGCCGGAUCUCGGAGCAGAAUGCUGUUCUCGGCCGUCAGCUUCAGGAACUUCGAUUGGAAAAUGAGCGCCUACGAGCCACGGCCGAUCGAUUGCGCGGUAAUAUGGUGGCCAAAAAGAUGCUCAGACAAUGGAUCGGCCGCCACAAAGAGCCAGAAGAGAAGAUGACCAGAUCAUCGUCUUCGUCUUCGUCUUCGUCUUUGCCUUUGCCUUCGUCCAUGUCUCUAUCUCGAUCUUUAUCUUGCAAUCCAAGACCACAACAGACCCUAUGCUCUACCAACACCUAUGCACCCCAUUAUCAACAAAACCAUGAAUAUCCGGUAGUCACAUUAGAUCAAGAGAAUGAAGACGGAAUUGUAGACGACAAUAAUGAAGAAGAAGAAGAUGAUGAUAAUGAAGAUGUUGAUUUUGACUAUCAAGAUGAAUUCUCAGAGGAACCUCUUUAA